CAUCCAUCAUGGGAUUCUUCAACAUCUUUCAAAAGAUUUUUUGUUUUUUCAUGAAAGUGUUUUGCUGCUUCCCAACCGAAAAAGACCGUACUGCUAAUCGCAUGGAAAGAGGAGAAUUGAGUAAAAAUAAAGCAAUCGAAGCUCUACCAAAAAUUUCAUCUGAAAAUCUAAAAUAUAACGAUAUUGAAAAAUGGAAAAGACCGUCCACUCCCUUUAAUACACGUUACCCUACUGUUGACUCAAAACUUUCAACCGUUUUGGAUUCAGGCUCUUCUUCUUGUCCAUCAGAGAAUGACCUUUCAAGGUUUAGAAUUAAGCCAAAUCAAAAACUUCCUCGUCCUGCAAUCCCUUUGUUAGCAAAGCCAAGCCGUGCUUAUUGCUCAGACGAGCAGCACAGAAAUGAUAUCGACGAAAAGAAGGCUUCAUGUAAAUCCGCACCCAAUAAGCUUACGCAUCAAAAUCUGAACAAUCUGAACAUGGAAUGGAAAUGUUACCAUCCUUCUAUGAAAGACCCCUCAAAGUUUCAAGUUGAAAUGGAGGACAUUGAUAAACCGUUCCCUAUAUCAGCUGGUUUCAACUCAAGUUAUUCUUAUGCAGAUGACAAUGAAGAUGCUUUUCUUAUUACUAACCUCCAAACGGCAGGAAAACUCCCAGAUGAGAAUUCCCCUAGCCCUUUCACAGAUGAUAUGAGUCCGUUGUCAACAAGUGACUCUCUGUUAUCUGCAAGUUCUGCGGGACCUUUUAAUAAAGAAGUGGAUACCGAACAUAGGAAGGCGCUCUCUGAUAAAACAAAGAUAUACAGUCUAUUAGAUGAUACCGAUCCUUCAAGUGUUGUCGACAAUCUCAGUGACUAUUCAGAUUGUUUUGACGAAUUCGGAAUUCCCUUAAAAACCCAAUUGGAGGAUGCAAAUUCACGCGCUAAUUACUCUAAAAUAAAAACUUCCUCUUGUUUCCCUCCUUUUCUGGGACAUCACCAAUCUCGCAGAUGUAAGCCGAAUGAAUAUCGAGUCAACAAAGCGCGCCUUCAGAAUAUCAAAAAAAAUUGCACAGAAGUCGAGCCUAUUGAUUUUUUUACUGCGUUGCAGUUUCAUAAUGCGAGGACCGUAAUUGCUCUCUAUAUAGAAUGGCGUCUUAGAUAUUAUGAAACGAUGAUAGUGAAGGGUGAAAAAUCUUUAGAGAAACUAGAGUCUUUGAGGAGCAUGCCUCAUAACUUCUUAUGGUUAGGAAAAUUUGGAGAUCCUGAGAUCGAGCGGAAGCUAAACCAAUAUGAUCGAAGAUGUAUUUCUAAUUCUUUUAUGUUUAGCAUGAUUCAAGGAGCUGAUCGCCGCACAAAAUCUGAUUAUACGAAACAAGUUAACAUUCCUCAGCUGUUUAAAGAGUCUUUCCAAAGCAUGGCGGUUGCGGCUUCUAUUUCAACCGCCGAAGCAAAGUCCGAUCGAGACAUAAGGAAUCAAAUUUUAAUUAGGAAGUAUAUUCCGAAGGGAGAUUAUGACUUCUUGUAUGCAGCUCUGUAUCACGCUGCUUAUAAGCAAGAGUCAGGUCUGAAAGCUGUAUCCAUUCUGGAUAUUUUGCCUCAAGAUGAACUGGACGAUUGGUGGUACGUUAACUUAAAAAUAACAUCGCUUGUCACGCCGAAAAUUUGUUUUAAGUACUUGGACGAAGUAGCUAAAUCAGCCCGAUACAAAGUUACACAUGUUGAGAAGAAGUCACCAAAAGUGGUUCAUCAGCCGGUUUUUUAUAAUAUUUUAGCAAACAAACCAACAAGAGAUUUGUUUGAAGCUCAUGAGCUAAUUACUAUUGCGGAACUAAUUUCCCUCGAUGAGCCUAGCUUCCUUAAUGGAGAAGACGAGGUGCAGUUUUACUUAAGCCAAUUUCAUGAUUUAUGCGCCAAAAAGAGAGAAGACUUUCGAUUUUCUCCCGACAGCGUGUUUGAACAAGCAUUUCGCAAUAAACAUAUGGUGGGAGAUCACUAUGCUGCUUUACCAAGGCGUGGUGAACGCCUAGAAAAGCGUUCCGUCUACUAUAGUAAGUACGCAAACCAUAGAAUUUUUAUGACGAAGUCCUUGAAGAGGAAUGGAUCUAUAUAUGAAGUCGUUUCCGAUGGAUUAGGACGAGUAUUUUAUGGUGCUGUUCUUGAUUAUGCUAAUACACGCAACAACAUACUUCUUCAUUUAGGACUUGAACCUGUUCCAUCACCGUCCGAGGAAGAAAUCGAAGAGCACGAAAAGUCCUUAGAGCAGUUUCACAAUGAACUCGCACCGAGUCAUUCCGCGGAAUAUAUAUAUGAAAUGUGUGGUACGCAUUCGCGAGCUGCUGAGCACCAGACGGAGGUAUUAAAAAAGUCGUUCUUCUAUUCUGCGGAUGAAUGGAAAGAACAAAAUUUGCUAAAGCGAAUCAUCUCUCUUCGAAUCUUAGAACCGACGACAAGUGUAACAAAAUUUGAAUACGAAUUAUUAAGAACGUUUUACCCCGACCGGCUGUUUCUGAACUAUAGCAAAUCGGGGAAAACUUUGACACCGAUGCAAUACCAUAAGCAGGAACAGUGGAGAAGAGACUUAUAUCUUUCAUGCUUACCAAUGGUAGACGAGAACAGUGUUUUAUUUCCUUACUGGCUUAAGUUAUCAUGCAGCGAACUAUUCUUUGCUAACGAACAUGCGGCCAUGAACAGUCAAAAACCUGAUAACAUCAACUUUGACAUAUACGAACCCUUGCCAGAGACUUCUUUUAUGGUAGCGGCUGAGUUACGCGUUCUUCGGAAUAUGCGACACAGAGACGUGGAGCGGAUUCCAUUUUUGGAUAAAUCUGAAAUCCAAGCUUUGUACCAAUUGCUACGUAAAAUCAAGAAAUACUAUAUUGUUACCGACAUGUUGUGUAUAAUGAGGAUGGAUGACUUUACAACUUUGCUUCAAAGAUAUGAGUGUCUUUCUUGCUACAGAUUUUUGCGUGCAGACUAUGAGCGAUUGCUCUACCAUGGACAUUAUAUUUACAACUUUUUUAUGAAACAUGUCGUUAAUGUGCCUCCUAAAAUAGUGUAAAAAGGUAUUUACUGUUCUUUUUUCCCGCUAAUAUUCUAUCAGCCAGCUCUUGUUUUUCGUACUAUGACGGCCUUUCUUCUUCAGAUUAAAGCAAGCUAAAACUUUUUGUUUCUAUGGAUUGCGGUUUGUUUCCUUUUACUCUUUUAUCAUUCGUUUUGAUUUUUUCUUUAUUUAUUGUUUUUUGCCUAAUGAUGUCCUAACUAGAUUAGAAUCGUAGGAGAUUAUUCUCCUCCAUAAUGAUUACAUUCGUGAUGCUGUAAAGAGCCCAGC